GAAUCUCGCAAAAACUGCCGUUUUCGUCGAGGUAUCUUGUUUUCGCCAUGCCUCGCACCAAGAUAGUGGUGAGUCCAGCAGCUCUGGGCGGGCAGGAAGAAACCGUUCCACGUGAACGUGUCAGCGAGCACCACCAGCUACCAAGUGGUGGCCAAGGUUUUGGAGAAAUUGCAGUCUCGGGAUCCGCCGCUACGUUACCAGCUCUGGGCCACCAAUUCCGAGCGAGAGCAAUCAUUGAGAGAUGAUGAGUCCCCCGCAGCCGUCAGGGAGAAGUGGGCGGGGCAGGGGGCGGAGCCUCAGUUCCAGCUGCGACUAAGAGCAAGUGGAUUGUUCGUGUUCAACACAGACUCUCCGGAGACCAAGAGACGUUCCUGAGUCUGAUAGUGACCCCUCACAUGACGUCAUGUGACGUGCUCCAAGUAGCUCUGGCCAAGAUCUCACCUCAGGACCUGCCAACCAACUACCUUCUCAUAGAGAAGACCCCUCAUGGAGAGAGAGUAAUUGGAGAUGAAGAGUGUCCUCUCCUCCUGCAAACUGGAGCAACACAACUCCUUCUCAGACAAAGACAGCUACCCCCAACACACACCCUCACUUCCACCUCCCCCGAUCUCUCCCCCACCGAAUUCACCCACUCCCCACUCUCCUCCACCUCCUCACCAAGCCACACACCCUCGGCUCUAUCCGUCCAACGCAGCUGGCUCUCGAUGCACCACGACCUCAUCUCCUCCCUCUCGCAGUUCACCUCUGCACUCCAGCGACACGGAACGAGACCGGAGACGGGAACGGGUCUCGGACCAGGAUUCUGGAACAGAGUCUGGUCCAGCAGAACCAGGUGGUGGACAUGCUGCAGAAGAUGGUAGUGUCGCUGGAGAACGAAAACGAGAGGGUGCGAGGGAACACUGUCAGACUGGAGCGCAGAGUCCAGGCCCUCAAGAUGUGGAAAAUGAGAGCUCGUCUCGCCGAAGAACGAUUAAAAGAAAUGGCAGAAAGUUCGGGUAUUCUGGGCUCUAGUAAAGAUGGGAUUGUUUCUUUUUCUGCCCUCGCUAGUUUUGAAAAGUUGCUGGUCGAGAAAGACGAGAAGAUUGCAUCGCUACAGUCGAGGGUGGAGGGAGAAGAGGAGGAGAAGGAAGGGAGCGAGACCAUGUCUGUGAAUCUCCGAUCAAAGCUGGCAGCAGAGAGAGUGAGAGUAUUGGAGCUGGAGGAAGAGCUGCUGUCCUCCCGCGAAGAGUCCAGGAAAGCUCUCAGGGAGUUGCGUGACGCCCAGUCUGACAUGGUGAGGAGGGAGUCGGAGGUCCACUACCUGCGGCACGAGGUGGAGACUGUGAGGAGAGUGGGCACCCAGCAACGAGAGGUGGUCAUGGGUCUGAGGGCCGCACUCUUCGAUAGAGAUGCUCAGAUCGCUUCCCUCACACGAGAGAGAACCACUGCAGAGAGGGGGAGACGAACGCCUGCCCCUGUUCGUCAACGCCAGUCCAUAUUUGAUCUUCUUCUGGGUAGAGAGGUGUUCAAUAUUGAGCUGGCUCGUCGAUCAGAGGCCGAAAACCUCGGUUUUGGCGUCAGUCGUUUCGAAAUGCCGAUAUCGUCUCGGAGUAGCAGCCUCAUCGUGACGGGAGUCAAGGAAGGGAGCCAGGCACAGGGUCUUCUGUUGCCCGGGAGACGAGAUCCUGGAGGUGAAUGGGUUCAACUGCCGCAGUGUGGCGUCCAGAGGAAAGCGGUGGAGAUAUUGGAGGCAGCUAAAGGUAGUCUGAAGAUUGUGGCGGCCAGAGAGAAUGGCCCGGCAGACAUUGUCGGGAGACUUCGCAGCACUCCAGUCAUCCCUGACAGGUCCCACUCUACUCUGUGGACCACUGCAAAUGACGCCUCGUUUUCUCCUAUCAGUCCCCACCUCCCCUCCAAUGACGUCGCUCUGUCCUCGUCGCCACGUCACUACAAACUGACACUCUCCUCCCCCGCCUCCUCCCCUCCCCACACACUCCCACUGGCUUCACAGAUAAGACCACAGCCCAUCGGUCAGGGAAAACUUAUCGAGCCCGUCUCCCCAGAACACCUCGAGAACCCCACUUCCAACACCGGCAGAGCAGCUAGUAGCAAGAGUAAUUCGGUGGACGAGGGGUUAAGACUGAGACAAGAAGAGCUGGAGGAGGAAGUAGACGCAGCUCACGGGGAAAUUGAUAAUCUGAAAACAGAGAACCAGCUUAGUGCGGCUCAGAACUCUGACCUCCAGCAGAAGCUGAAAACCAGCGAGAGAGAAAUGGCCGACCUCCGGAGAGAGGUUGAAGAGGUGCAGGAACUUCUGACGGGACUGAGGGAGAAGUUGGAGAGAGAGAAAGAGAGAGUCGGUCGUCUGGAACACCACAACGGUUCUCUACAGGAGAAAUUCUCAGAGGCAAAUGCAGAGAGGGAUUAUGAAAAGCAGAGAGUGUCACACGCACAGGAAGAGAUUGUGAUACUGAAACUGGAGUUUGAGAGGGAAAAGAGCGAACUUGCGACAGAAUUGUCGACAGUUCGGUCGCGAAACGAGCUGUUGGAGGACGAGGUAAAGUCCCAGUUGGCUAAGGCAGAGGCGGCCCAGAGCCACGCAAGCCAGCGAGAGGCACUGAGAGAAACGGAACAAAAGGAGGGAGAGAAGUUAGUGCAACAGCUUACGAAUGAACUGCAGGAACUUCGAGAGAGCUCAGCGAAAGAAGUGUCCUCCCUACAACUAGAGGUUGAUCAACUCCGGGGCCAGCUAAGCACCAUGAUACCUCAGGUUGAAGCCGCGGGGAAGAAGGAGACGGAAAUGAAACACGAGCUGCGUCACCUAAGACAGGUCGCCAGCGAGAGCAACAAACAACUGACGGAGUUGGACAAGGCCCACCGGAGUCUCAAGGAGAAAAUGGCGGGCAUAAGAGAGCAAGCCGAGUCUAAAACCCUCGAGUGUGAGUCACUUACUCUGGGGUUAAAGAGAGCAGAGGGGAAGCUGCAGGCAAACAAGAACGUCUCCUGUCGCCAGCAGGAAGAGAUCGAUAACCUCCGUCGCAAAAACAACACACUACUCGUCGAGCGAGUCAAGGCGGACGAGGGACGUAGCAAGACCGAA